GGCCUCUCCCUUAACCCAACAUGGCAGGUCUCUCCGAUGAUUACUAUUCCCGGAAUAGCUAUCGAGGUGGUGGAGGUGGCGGCGGCGGCGGCAGGGGCGAUGGUGGUGGAGGAGGAGGCGGAAACCGAUACAAUGACGGUGGCCGGGGAUAUGGCGGUGGUCGGCCUCGCAGGCCAAUGCCCACGGAACCUCCCUUCACGGCUUACAUCGGGAACCUUCCAAACGGUGUUGUCCAGGGUGACAUCGACCAGAUCUUCAAGGCCCAGAGGGUACGAACAGUGAGACUGGUGUAUGACAAUGAAACUGGCAGAUUCAAGGGGUUCUGCUAUGUGGAAUUUGAAGAUGCCAAAAGUUUAGAAACUGCUCUUUCCUUCGAUGGCGCUCUCUUUGUUGACAAGAACAUCAGAGUAGAUAUUGCAGAGUCCCGUCGUGGUGAUCGUGGCAGGGGCAGAGGAGGCCGCGGUGGUGGAGGCAGAGGUGGAGACAUGAAUGAUUUCCGCGGUAGAAGAGAUGGAGGAGAUGAUUUUGGUCGCUACCGAAGAGACGAUGACCGAGGAAGUAGAGGACGGGGGGGAUUCAGUGGUGGUUCUGGUUCAGCUGGUGCAAGGUAUGGCGGCGGCGGCGGCGGCGGCGGCGGCGGCGGCGGGGGCUUUGAUGACCGUGGAGGCGACCGAGGAAGCUUCGGAGGACGGCCCCGCAGUGGACCUGGUGACCGAGGGGGAGCCAGACCCGAGAGUGGAGGCUACAUGAGGCGCGAUCGCAGAGACAGCGAUAGAUCCCGCAACUUUGAGGAGUUCAAGGAGCCUGAUCCUGAGGAACUGUCUCAUAGGCCCAGGCUGAAGCUGUUGCCAAGGACCAAGACUGAUCCUGUAAAUCAGCAAGCGGAGACUUCGCAGUCAUCCAGUAUAUUUGGUGGAGCUAAGCCUCGCGAGGAAAAGGGUGGUGUGCCAGAAGGACAGGAGUAAAUUAGAGGUCUUGCAUCUCUCUCCAUCUGUAACAGGUUUAUGGAGCUAAUGUCCUGCUCAGUUGGACCUGCAUAUUUUGGUUGAGGCUUUUUUUUAUUCCUGCACUACGCUGUCUGUAUGAGGACCAUAGAUUUUGGCCCCACCCUCAGCAUUGCAUCAGUAGAGUUGGGCUGAAGCUGUCCUUGUCUACUACUGAAGCUUAGUUUUUGGUAAAGCAGUAAUGAUGUGAGAUUUGUACUGACUAUAACUGCAGUGUUUAAAUAUGCUGAGGUUAUUCAACAACAAAAAUUGUACCGUGUGGGUUUGUGUAUUGUGACAUUGAGCUUGCCCAGUGAUUAGAACUUUAUGUGGAAGUGUUUACAGACUUCAAAAAUUCCUAGACCUUUCUAAUCUCUAUUGCUUUGUAUGAGAUGUGACUACUCCAUUUGGUGUUGUGAUGGAAUGUGUGAAAUUAACUACAAUGUACUGACUAGUUUUCACACAGUGUAAGCUACCAAAACCUGGUAAACUGUGGGAUCCUGAAGGUGGUGAAAUACAAACCCUUGGUAGCCGCAGAGCUUGCAUAUGAAGCCCGCCAACUUCUCCUUUUUAACCCUUCUAUGUACGCAAAAAAAAUUCUUAUCACAUACCACAAUGUUGUCUGGUCAAAUUGGUCGUUAGUAUAUUAUGCCUCUAGGAUUAGAAGACAGACAGCGCAGUGGUGUGUUGUACAUUAAACUAAGUAUAACUAUAUUGUUAUGGAACUACACAUUCGGGCAUUCUUGGCCUUUGCCAGGGCAUUCCUUUGUUUAACAAUAUAGUUGCAGCUCCUAGUUGUUGACUUACUUAUUUUUGAUGCAGCAGCAUACCAGACGUGUCAAUGGAUACGGGUCUGUUGUGGAACUUGUAGACCCUACAUUGGGUUCUUACACCCAUGCUAACUCACAUACCAGAUCCACUGUUAAUUGCACUGUGGAAUCUUUUAAUUUUUUGGAAAAUCUAUUUCUGGUGAGGAAUUAGGUAUUAUAUUAUUAAUUUUUUUUAUUAAUAUUUUUUUUCUUCGUCCUUUUUCAUGAGUUACUGCGUGUUUCGAUUUUGUAUCCUGUAUUUUUAUCCAGUAAUUGAGAUGUAAUAUGUCUUAUAUCAUUUAAGUAAUUUUUUCUUUCUUUUUAAUACAAACUGGAUCUUGUGUGAUUCUGUCCAGACUGUACAGAUCACAAUAAACUUAAGGAAUUUCGAAAGGGAAUUUUACUUUGUAAUCCUUAAAUGUAAAUUGUCAAGAGUAAAUGGUGUUAGAUAUUAAUUGGAAUUAGAGUUCUAAUGUUUUGAUUUCUCAUAGUAUGUUGUAAAGCUAGAAUUCUGCUCUGUAGUUUUGUUUCUUUUGUGAAUCAUUUACUAAAAAUAGUAAUUUGAAUGCUAAUGGAUGAUGUUAACCCCCAAUUUCAGAAAUGCAUUGUGCACAUUAAUUCAUUGAACUGCUUAUUACAAAGAUUCUUGUACAGAAUAUUUGUGACAAAAGUAUUUAUCAUUAAAAUGUAAAGAAAUAAAAAGUAUAUGGUUUUCAGAUGCUUAUCCACAAAAUAUACGUGUUCUGCUAAA